AUGCCGUCAUGCAAUCGAACGGGCUCUAUGCACCCACGCAAAACUCGGAGCCCGAAUCGGCGGCGAAGAUUAACCGAAGACCUCCUCUCGUCGUCGUUAUCGUUAAACGACAGCACGGGGACGAGAGCACGUUCAUUCAUCUUGGAUGCUAUUUUAGCAGCACCAUCAGUUGAGAGUCAUCAUAACAUGCAGAGUUGCACUAAUUUUGGACUUGGGUUCACUCUAAAACCAGAGGACUUUGUUGGGUCAGAUCUGAAACUGAAAGGAAAUGCCAAUACCCUGAAGGGCCAGAACCAUGAAAAGAGAGAAACUUUGCAGAAACAGCUCGUUCUCUGCUUGAAGUGUUUGGGAUUUUGCUCUCCUGUGUGUGACCACUGGACUGGAGUGACUUGUAGUGAGGAUAAGUCUUAUGUGGUAGCCGUCCGAUUGCCCGGCAUUGGAUUUACUGGCCAGAUACCACCUUACACGCUUAGCCGCCUCUCAAGGCUGCAAAUUUUGAGUCUUAGAUCCAAUGUGAUAAGUGGGCACUUCCCUUCUGAUUUCUUCAACCUCAAAAACUUGUCUUUCCUCUAUCUCCAAUUCAAUAACUUCUCUGGGCCAUUGCCCGGGGACUUCUCAGUUUGGAAGAACCUCACCAUUGUCAAUUUGUCUAACAAUCACUUCAAUGGGAGCAUUCCUUAUUCGCUUUCCAAUUUGACUCAGCUUUCAGGCUUGAAUCUUGCUAACAAUUCACUUUCUGGUGAAAUUCCUGAUCUCGAAUCAAGCAAGUUGCAGCAGCUAAACUUAUCUAACAACAAUCUCACUGGUAGUGUUCCCAAAUCACUUCAGAGGUUUCCAAGGUCAGUUUUCGUGGGUAACAACAUUUCUUUUGCUAGUUUCCCACCCAGUCUUCCUCCUGUUCUUCCACCCGCCCCUAAACCAUAUCCGAAAUCUAAGAAUAGUGGGAAGCUUGGUGAGACAGCAUUAUUAGGAAUUAUAGUUGCUGGUGCUGUUUUGGGCAUUGUGGCGUUUGCAUUUCUAAUACUUGUUUUCUGCUCAAGAAGAAAAAAGGAAGAUGGGCUUUCUGGAAAGUUGCACAAGGGAGAAAUGUCACCGGAAAAAGUGAUCUCAAGGAGUCAAGAUGCGAAUAAUAAACUGGUUUUCUUUGAGGGCUGUCAUUACGCAUUUGAUCUGGAGGAUUUAUUGAGGGCUUCCGCCGAGGUACUUGGAAAGGGAACAUUUGGUACAGCAUAUAAGGCAAUAUUAGAAGAUGCAACCGUUGUGGUGGUGAAGAGGUUGAAGGAUGUAAAUGUUGGGAAGCGGGACUUCGAGCAACAUAUGGAGAUUGCUGGCAACAUUAGGCAUGAAAAUGUGGUUGAACUGAAGGCAUAUUAUUAUUCCAAAGAUGAGAAGCUAAUGGUAUAUGAUUACUACAGCCAGGGGAGCGUCUCUGCUUUGUUACAUGGUAGAAGAGGGGAGGACAGAGUCCCUUUAGAUUGGGAUACCCGACUGAGAAUAGCUAUUGGAGCAGCAAAAGGAAUUGCUCAUAUACAUACACAGAAUGGUGGGAAGCUUGUCCAUGGAAACGUCAAAGCCUCAAACAUCUUUGUAAACUCGCAACAGUAUGGUUGUGUUUCUGAUGUUGGCCUGGCAACUAUAAUGAGCUCACUAGCUCCCCCAAUCUCCCGUGCUGCUGGUUACCGAGCCCCAGAAGUGACAGACACCAGGAAAGCAGGACAAGCAGCUGAUGUCUACAGUUUUGGGGUUGUGUUACUGGAACUCCUCACUGGAAAAUCCCCUAUCCAUACUACUGCUGGUGAUGAGAUUGUCCACUUGGUCAGAUGGGUGCAUUCAGUUGUCCGAGAGGAGUGGACAGCAGAAGUGUUUGACAUAGAGCUCAUGAGGUAUCUAAAUAUAGAGGAAGAAAUGGUAGAGAUGUUACAGAUUGCCAUGUCUUGUGUGGUAAGGAUGCCUGAUCAAAGACCUAAAAUGCUGGAUUUAGUGAAGAUGAUAGACAGUGUCCGCCGGAAUGAUAAUGAGAAUCGACCAUCAUCUGGAAACAGAUCUGAAAGCUCAACACCACCACUGGUGGUUGGAACAGAACAUCCAACAUCACAAUGA